UUCAAUGAUCAAGUCUCAAAUGACUUCAACACACUCUUCAAGAACCUUCCCCAACAAAGAAUCUAUUAUGCAACCGCUGUUCCUGGCUCUUUCUGUGGACGCUUGUUUCCAAAACAAACACUUCAUUUGGUUCACUCUUCUGCAGCACUUUGCUGGCUCUCUAAGCUCCCCAAUGAGAUCACAGACUCAGAUUCUAGUGCUUGUAACAAAGGGAGGAUUCAUUACACUGAUGCACCUAAGGAAGUGGCAGAUGCUUAUGCAACUCAGUAUAGCAAAGACAUGGGGAAUUUCCUCCAUGCUAGAGCUCAAGAACUUGUGGAAAAUGGGCUAAUGCUACUUCAGUUUCCUGUGUCUAAUGUUCUUCUUGAUUCAGAUGUAGACCCUGCUAAAGUUUUUGAACUCAUUGGAACUUGCCUUGUGGAUAUGGCCAAAGUGGGAGUGAUUAGUGAAGAAAAAGUGGAUUCAUUCAAUGUGCCUUUGAUAUACCCUUCUGUUAAGGCUGUGAAGGAAAUUCUUAGAGGAUGUGAUGAAUGUUUCAGCAUUGAGUGGAUGGAAAUAUUGGAAUUCAAGAACAUGGUGUCAUUGCCAAUUGGGCAAAUAUUUGUUUCAUGGUUCAGAGCUGCGCUGCAAGGGACGAUUGAGAAACACUUUGGAGCAAAAAUAGUUGAUAAGCUUUUCGAACGCUUUGCCGAGAAAGUUAAAGAAUUUCCAGACAUCAUGAACACAGAUAAACUAAAACUUGAUGUGCUGUUUGUUCUUCUCAGGAGAAAGAACAAGUUUUCAACUUCCAACUCUCCGGUGCCGUUAAAUAUAUGUCACAAAAUGUACAAAACGUAGAUGAUACAUGAUGGAAAUAUAUGGUCCAGAGGCUUCUGGGAAAACAACUCUUGCUUUACAUGUGAUUUCAGAGGCACAGGAGCAAGGAGGUUAUCUAUAGAUGCUAAUUUUUGCCCCUGAUGAUAAUGUCUAUAUUGUUUUUGGGGUUGUAAUGUGACCAUAACCCCUAUAGUUGUCAACUUGUCAAUAUGUUAUUGUCAAUCACAAGAGGCAUUUGCUUUAAUCUCCCUCCCUUUGAUUUUCUGUAUACAUUGUGAUAAUACAGUGGAUGUAUUCUUCUCUGUUGUAACACCGAAUGAAUGCCUAUCCCAGUGUCAGUGUCUUGUAACUCAAUUAUGACUUGGAAGUGGCAAAUCACUAAAUAAAUAUCUCUACUUCCUCAUUAAUCACUGUUUCUGCACUGCAGCAACAAUUUGUAAUUGCUAGCACCUAGCUAGUUUCCAGCUGUGAACAGGUUGUGUUCUGUUUUCCACUUCUCUUAUCCUUUUGGCAGAGAGAGAAGUAAGAGGUAUAAUGUGUAUAAUUUAAAUUUUGUACUACAAGUAUCUUGGUGGGCUAUAUCAACAUUUCAGGCUUAAUUUAUGCUAUUUUGAUCAUAAAAAUGAAGUUACCACAAUUAAUAACAUCAUAAUACCGAAGAUAAGUAAGAAGGGCUGUCUGUUUACUACUAUGAUGUAUUUGUAAGGAAUCUAUGUUAAGGAUUUUGUAGUUAGUUUAUGCUUGCAUUCAUAUCUUCA